CCUGCGAGGACUCUAACUGAUACACAGUUAGAGUUCCUAGAAAGUGUAUUUGAAAAACAGCCACCGCAAAACAGAAAAAAAGUGAGAUUUUGGGAGCACACACGAUUUCGUGCAUUUUCUGCCAAACGUGGUGGCUGCAACUCUCACCGUCACCACCGCUCAUGUCCAUAUAUCCUGGCAUCAAAAAAUUACGUUUGCAGCACAUAGGUGGCGUCCGCACCCCUAUUUGGACAUAUUCUCUCCAAUGUCGCCAAUUUCGGAGUCGCGUCUCCCCAAAUUUCAUGCUCUAAAUGGCGGUGCCGACGCCACCUAGGUGCUUCCAACGUAAUUUUUUGUGGAUACGAGCGGUGGUGCACCACCAUCGUGGGGCGAAGCACACACUGCUUGGGCGUGCAGCAGCCACACGCGCUGCGUUAAUGCUACCAAUAGGGGGUCAGAAAUCGUACCUCUAUCGUGGUGUUUUUCCUUAUGGACUUUCCACGAACCCUUUCUGGCUCACUCCAAAUAAAAAAAGCCAGCUGGGUUCGUCGCGGGAACUACACUUAAAUGAUGUAACAAAACAAAUUUUAUGAAUUGUCAAAGCUUAUUUAUCCAUCUUUCCUGCGGUGUUCCUUAAUUGCUUGAGUAUAUAAUUAAUUACUAAUUAAAACAGUCGAGUAAUUAGUUAUUAAUUAGGAAAUGUUCCCGACGAGAAACCCGCAGGGCCCAGUCGACCUUCGUCAUCACGUCGUCACCCACCCUAUUCUCAAAUGGUCAUCGACGCGGUCACGUCCCUCGCCGAGAUAAACGGCUCAUCCUUCCAGACCGUGAGCAAGUUCAUCGCCGACAAGUACAAGGUUGACACCAGCUUCAUUCGCAGCGCCAUCACGAAACUGGUUGAAACUGGAAAACUGAUUGAAACCAAGGGGUCUGGAUUGCUCAAAAUUCCAGUCGCUGCGAAGAAGAAGGUCAAGUCUCCAAAAAGUACUAGUACCGGUAAAAAGCAACCUGUUUCCGAUGAGAAGGAUGAUGAAGACGCCAAAAAGAACAGUGUCCCUCCACGUUUCCGAUUUACCCGGACAAAAAGUAAUCCCGGAAUGGUCUGUGGACGGUCGCAUGCUAGGCGAUCUAGGUGUCGACCGGGGGAAAUAUUGGACUUCAAUAGCCAAGGCAACGAAGAGGUCGACGAUACGAUCAACGAGUGUUUGGCAGACCCACGUGCAGCAGAAGAACCGACGCAUGGACAAGAACAAUUGAUUGAGUACGACCAAGAACGAAGAGAACCUGCUUCUGAUUGAUUGACUGGUCCGAUUUCAUUUAUUUUUUCACUUUGAUUACAGAUUUGUAACUCGUUUGCAUUGAUGAAUUAAAUUCCAAUAAAUUCUGCUCUCCGAA